UCUUAAAUAUUAUGUGACGUGUUUAGUUAAAUGUAUGUAAUAAUAUCGGCAUUCGCAAUAGAAAAAUUCUUAAUUUUUUUUUUGUGCGUUAAAGAAAAUAGUAUUAUAUGAAAAUGAGUUGUUUUUUUGGAAUUUUAACUUUCAUUACCUGUGUUCAUUUUUCGUUUGGAUUAUACUUUCAUAUAGCUGAAACUGAAAGAAAAUGUUUUAUAGAAGAAGUUCCAGAUGAGACUACAGUUAUAGUUAAUUACAAGGUCGAAUUAUACGAUCCGAAAUCAGGCGGAUUUAUGCCUUCAUCCCCUGGGAUUGGAAUGCAUGUCGAGGUACGUGACAGUGAUGAUAAAAUAAUAUUAUCUCGAGUCUAUAGUUCUGAAGGACGAAUUUCGUUCACCUCUCAUACGCCUGGAGAACAUGUCAUCUGUAUGUACUCGAACAGCACAGCAUGGUUUAGUGGAUCACAAUUGCGAGUGCAUUUAGAUAUUCAAGUUGGGGAACAUGCCAUUGAUUACGCAAAUGUAGCUCAAAAAGAAAAACUAACAGAGCUUCAGUUAAGAAUACGCCAGUUAUUAGAUCAAGUUGAACAAAUUACAAAAGAGCAAAAUUAUCAACGUUACAGAGAAGAAAGGUUUAGACAAACAAGCGAAAGCACGAAUUCUAGAGUCUUAUGGUGGUCCAUUGCUCAAACAGUCGUGCUUCUCUGUAUGGGUUUCUGGCAAAUGAGACAUCUCAAGAGCUUUUUCGAAGCAAAAAAACUGGUGUAAACACGGGACUUAGUAAAAUCUUGCAAAUUAUUCUUGUUUUAUAACUUACGUUCAAUUUGGAGAAAAAUAAAAAAAACGCAAUUUAGCGUAGACACGUA